GCGCCGGCCGCGGCGGGUGUAAAGGUCGGCGUGCCGGCGUGUCGGUCGGAGUGUCCGAGUGUCCGUGCAGCGGUCAGUCCGGCCGGCCGCCGCCCACAUGCCCCACGCCUAGCGCCGCCCGCCCCGGCCAUGUCCGCCACGCAGCUCUACACCAAGUACACUAGGGUUUGGAUUCCUGACCCUGAUGAAGUUUGGAAAUCAGCAGAAAUUAUCCAGGAUUACAAAGAAGGAGAUAAAAGCCUCCAGCUGAAACUUGAAGAUGAAACUCUCUAUGAAUACCCCCUGGACCUGCAGGGGAACGAGCUGCCCUUCCUGCGCAACCCAGACAUCCUGGAGGGGCAGAACGACCUGACUGUCCUGAGCUACCUGCACGAGCCUGCCGUGCUGCACAACCUCAAAGUCAGGUUCCUCGAGUCCAACCACAUCUACACCUACUGUGGUAUCGUGCUGGUGGCCAUCAACCCCUACGAGCCCCUGCCCAUCUACGAGCAGGAUGUCAUCUACGCCUACAGCGGCCAGAACAUGGGGGACAUGGACCCCCACAUCUUCGCCGUGGCCGAGGAGGCCUACAAGCAGAUGGCCAGGGAUGAGAAGAACCAGUCCAUCAUCGUGAGCGGGGAGUCGGGGGCGGGCAAGACGGUGUCUGCCAAGUACGCCAUGCGCUUCUUCGCCACCGUCGGCGGCUCCGCCAGCGACACCAACAUCGAGGCCAAAGUCCUGGCCUCCAGCCCCAUCAUGGAGGCCAUUGGAAAUGCUAAAACAACAAGGAAUGACAACAGCAGCCGCUUUGGGAAAUACAUUCAGAUUGGCUUUGAUAAAAAAUACCACAUCAUUGGUGCCAACAUGAGGACGUAUCUGCUGGAAAAAUCUCGGGUUGUAUUUCAGGCAGAGGACGAGCGCAACUACCACAUCUUCUACCAGCUCUGUGCCUCCUCAAGCCUUCCAGAAUUCAAAGACCUCGGGCUCACAUGUGCUGAAGACUUUUUCUACACUUCUCAGGGAGGGGACACGUCCAUCGAUGGCGUGGAUGAUGCUGCUGACUUUGAGAAAACCAGGCAUGCCUUCACCCUGCUCGGAGUGAAGGAGUCUCAUCAGAUGACCAUUUUUAGGAUAAUUGCUGCCAUUCUGCACCUGGGGAACUUGGAAAUCCAAGGGGAGCGAGAUGGGGAAGCCUGCAGUGUGUCGAGCGAGGACGAGCACCUGAGCAGCUUCUGCAGCCUGCUGGGCGUGGAGCACAGCCAGAUGCAGCACUGGCUGUGCCACCGCAAGCUCGUCACCACGGCCGAGACCUUUGUGAAGAGCAUGUCCCUGCACCAGGUGGAGAACGCCAGGAAAGCCCUGGCCAAGCACAUCUACGCCCAGCUCUUCACCUGGAUCGUGCAGCACAUCAACGUGGCCCUGCACAGCACUGUGAGGCAGCACUCCUUCAUCGGCGUGCUCGACAUCUACGGGUUUGAAACUUUUGAAGUGAAUAGCUUUGAACAGUUCUGUAUCAACUAUGCCAACGAAAAGCUCCAGCAGCAGUUCAACUCGCACGUGUUCAAGCUGGAGCAGGAGGAGUACAUGAAGGAGGAGAUCUCUUGGACUCUCAUAGAGUUCUACGACAACCAGCCCUGCAUAGACCUGAUAGAGGCCAAGCUUGGGAUCCUGGACCUGCUGGAUGAGGAGUGCAAGGUGCCCAAGGGCACGGACCAGAACUGGGCUCAGAAGCUCUACGACCGCCACGGCACCAGCCAGCACUUCCAGAAACCCCGCAUGUCCAACACCUCCUUCAUCAUCCUGCACUUUGCUGACAAGGUGGAGUACCAGAGCGAGGGGUUUCUGGAGAAGAACAGGGACACUGUCUACGAGGAGCAGAUCAACAUCCUGAAAAACAGCAAGUAUCAGAUGGUAGCAGACUUGUUCCAGGAGGAGGAGGCUGCACCUGCUGUGCCCGUGAGAAGGAGAAUGCCGCGGAUCAACGUGCGCUCCGCCACGCCGCCCUUCAAAGCUGCCAACAAGGAGCACAGGAAAACCGUGGGACACCAGUUCCGCAACUCCCUGCACCUGCUGAUGGAGACCCUGAACGCCACCACCCCGCACUACGUGCGCUGCAUCAAGCCCAACGAUGAGAAACUCCCCUUCAAGUUUGAUCCAAAGAGAGCAGUGCAGCAGCUGAGAGCCUGUGGGGUGCUGGAGACCAUCCGGAUCAGUGCAGCUGCCUUCCCUUCCAGGUGGUCCUACCCUGACUUUUUCAAUAGGUACCGUGUGCUUAUGAACAAGAGAGACCUCUCUAAGAACGACAAGAAGCAGAUCUGCCAGACCCUGUUGAAAGACCUCAUUAAGGAUCCAGACAAGUUCCAGUUUGGCCGUACCAAGAUCUUUUUCCGUGCAGGCCAGGUGGCAUAUCUGGAGAAACUGAGGGCAGAUAAGUUCAGAGCUGCCACCAUCAUGAUCCAGAAGACAGUGAGGGGCUGGCUGCAGAGGGCCAAGUACCAGAGGCUGAGACGAGCCACCCUCACCCUGCAGCGCUUUGCCCGCGGGCACCUGGAACGCAGGCAUUUUGAGAACCUGAGGAGGACGAGGGCUGCCAUCAUCUUGCAGAAGCAGUACCGGAUGGUGCGGAUGCGCCGGGCGUUCCUGAGGGUCCGCAACGCCACCCUCACCAUCCAGGCUUUUGCUCGGGGCAUGUUUGUCAGGAGGAUUUACCACCAGAUGCUGAUGGAGCACAAGGCCGCCGUCCUGCAGAGGCACGUGCGGGGCUGGCUGGCGCGCGCGCGGCUGCGCCGGGCCCGGGCCGCCGCCGUGGUGCUGCAGUGCCACUGGCGCCGCCUGCGGGCCCGGCGCCAGCUCCAGGCCCUGCGCAUCGAGGCGCGCUCGGCACAGCACCUCAAGAAGCUCAACAUCGGCAUGGAGAACAAGGUGGUGCAGCUGCAGAGGAAGGUGGACGAGCAGAACAAGGAGAACAAGCUUCUGAAUGAGCAGCUGUCCAUGCUGACAUCAGCCCACUCCUCCGAGGUGGAGAAGCUGAAGAAGGAGCUGCAGCAGUACCAGCAGAACCAGCAGGGUGAUGGCAAACAGCUCCUGAGCCUGCAGGAGGAGAUGGAGCAGCUGAGCAUGGAGCUGGAGAGGGCUCACGGGGAGAGGGAGGUGAUGGAGGACAGCCACGGCAAGGAGAGGGACCUGUUGAGGAAGCGUAUCUCUGACCUGGAAGAAGAAAACGCUCUCCUGAAGCGGGAAAAAGAGGAGCUGAACAGCAGUAUUCUCUGUCAGUCUGAAGAUGAAUUUGCACGAAACACAGUUGAGGAAAAUAUCCAGAUGAAGAAAGAGUUGGAAGAAGAGAGAUCACGUUAUCAGAACCUGGUAAAAGAGUAUGCAAAUCUGGAGCAGAGAUAUGACAGCUUGAGGGAUGAAAUGACUAUUAUUAAGCAAACACCGGGGCACAGGAGAAACCCAUCCAACCAGAGCAGCUUGGAGUCAGAUUCCAAUAACCCAUCCAUCUGCACCUCUGAAAUCGGGGACACCGAGGAUGUGAUACAGCAGGUGGAGGAGAUUGGGAUGGAGAAAGCAGCCAUGGACAUGACUCUCUUCCUAAAGCUGCAGAAGCGAGUGAGGGAGCUUGAGCUGGAGAGGAAGAAGCUGCAAGCCCAGCUGGAGAAAAAGGAGCAAGAGAGCAAGAAAUCCCAGGUGGUUGAAAGUGCUGAAGUGGCUUCUGAGCAUGAGGAUUUUGCAUACAACAGCCUGAAGAGGCAAGAGCUGGAGUCGGAGAACAAGAAGCUGAAAAAUGAGCUCAAUGAGCUGAGGAAGGCCAUUGCAGACUACGCCACGCAGAGCAACUCCUCCAGUGAUGUGCAGGACAGCUACAGCCUCCUUCUGAACCAGCUGAAAUCGGCCAACGAGGAGCUGGAGGUGCGCAAGGAGGAGGUGCUCAUCCUCAGGUCACAGAUCAUGAAGGCAGCCCAGCAGAAAGAGACAGGGAAAAACAUGGUAAAGGAGAAGGAGAGCAUCUCCCACAAUGCCAGCUGGCCCAACAGUGACCAGAACGUUGACCAGGAGGACGCGAUCGAAGCCUAUCAGGGCAUGUGCGAGACCAACUGGUUGCUGGAGGCACAGCUCCAGGAGCAGAAAAGGGAGCAUGAGGAGGAGAUGGAAGCUCUGAGAAACAAGAUGGAUUUAAUGCAAGAGGAGCUGGAGAAGCAGCAGCAGGCAUUCCUGCAGACUCUGCAGCUCUCUCCAGAGGCCCAGGUGGAGUUUGGACUUCAGCAAGAAAUCACACGUCUGACCAAUGAAAACCUGGAUCUUAAAGAAUUGCUGGAAAAGUUGGAAAAUAAUGAAAAGAAGAUGAAGAAGCAGUUGAAGAUUUACAGGAAGAAGGUUCAAGAUUUUGAAGCAUUCCAGGCAACAGUGCCAGAGGAGUGGAAAUCACACGAGGGGAACAUACAGAUGGCUGUCCAGAGGAAGGAGAAGAAUUUUCAGGGCAUGCUGGAAUAUUACAAAGAGGAUGAGCCACGCCUCAUCCGAAACCUCAUUACAGAUCUCAAGCCUCAGGCAGUGUCUGCUACUGUUCCCUGCCUUCCUGCUUACAUCCUCUACAUGUGCAUCAGACACGCAGAUUACAUCAAUGAUGACCAGAAGCUGAACUCCUUGCUCACCUCCACCAUCAAUGGCCUUAAGAAAGUUCUGAAGAAGCACAACAAUGACUUUGAGAUGACGUCGUUCUGGCUGGCCAACACCUGCAGGCUCCUGCACUGCCUGAAGCAGUACAGCGGGGAGGAGUGCUUCAUGACCCAAAACACGGCGAAGCAGAAUGAGCACUGCCUGCAGAACUUUGACCUGGCCGAGUACCGCCAUGCGUUCAGCCAGCUCUCCAUCCAGAUCUACCAGCAGCUCAUCAACAUUGCCGAGGGCAUCCUGCACCCCAUGAUUGUGUCUGCUAUGUUGGAAGAUGAGAGCAUCCCAGGGCUUUCUAGUGUCAAACCGUUGGGCUACAGGAAAUAUUCCUCCAACUCGGCAGAAGGUGACUGCUGCUCCUACACCUUGGACAAAAUUAUUCACCAGCUGAACACAUUCCACAGCAUCAUGUGUGACCAGGGCCUGGACCCAGAGAUCAUCCAGCAGGUGUUCAAGCAGCUCUUCUACAUGAUCAAUGCUGUGACCCUGAACAACCUCCUGCUGAGGAAGGAUGUCUGCUCCUGGAGCACGGGCAUGCAGCUGAGGUUUAACAUAAGCCAGCUGGAGGAAUGGUUGCAUGGGAAGAACCUGCAGCAGAGUGGAGCAGCAAAAACUUUGGAGCCCUUGAUCCAGGCAGCACAGCUCCUGCAGCUGAAAAAGAAAACCUCAGAGGAUGCUGAUGCCAUCUGCUCCUUGUGCACAUCACUCAAUACCCAGCAGAUUGUAAAGAUACUUAAUCUCUACACUCCAGUGAAUGAGUUUGAAGAACGUGUGACAGUAGCUUUCAUACGAAACAUACAGAAGCUGUUGCAAGAGCGGAAUGACCCUCCACAGCUGCUGUUAGACUUCAAGCACAUGUUCCCAGUUCAGUUCCCAUACAACCCAUCUGCCAUCACCUUGGACUCCAUUCAUCUCCCUGCUUCUCUCAAGUUGGAUUUUCUCAAUAAAGUCUGAAGAAAGUAGAAUUAAGCUCACCUCUCACACCCAGAGACUUCCAGCAACAAAAGAAAAAAAUCAUAAAAAGAAUUCAAGAGCUCUUAAAUAUGGACCAAACAGGCUUAUGGAAGAACCAGUACACAGUAACAAAUGGAUGCUAAAAUGUACACUAAAAAAGACACUGGUCUGUAUGUGAUUUUUUUUUUUUUUUUUUUUUGUAAUUUGCAGCUCAGAAAUAAGGAUACUUGAAAAACAGAUUUAUUUUUUACUGCUUGAUUUUAUGUCAACAUAGCUCAAAGCCCAUAAUCAUCUCCGAAAGCCACUAACAAAAAAGGAUGGAAGUGGAAGACAGCUUAUUUUGAUCUUCAUAGGUGUCUAUGACAAAAACAAAAUCUGAGACACUUGUACUGCCUUGAAGGAUGUGUCAUUUGUCUAGUAGCAGAUGGUCUUGUGUGUAUGAAUAACAGAACAUGCAGUUCUGUCUUCAGUUCUUUCUAGUACCUGCACUCAGGAUGGUUAAUUGCAGAAGGUAUGUAUUUAUCACACUAUGAAGGUAACAAAGCUGAGAUGCUGCUUGUUUCCACUCAUGGGGAAUUUAUUGUAAGUUUGAGAAAUGCUGUUGCUCCUCCUAAAUACAUUCUCUGCAUCUGCUUUGUGGAAAUUUAAAUAAAUUGGCAUGACUUUGUUUCAUGGACUUUCCCACAUUGCCAAAUUUACAUUAGCAAAGGUUUUGUCCUAGUGAAAUAAUUAUGAUGCAAAGACUGCCUUAAGCCUUCUGCUUCUAGUAUGGCACCACCCUGAUCCCUACUGUUGGCUUUUCAUGUGCUUUCAAGUGUCAAACAUUUUCAUCCAGUGGCUGUCAAGGUUCUUGGACCUCUUACAUGGCCAGUAUCAGAAUCCCAUGCAUAGAUCAUGCUAAGGCAAUCCAGUUUAAUCAUCCAGCCCUGCCUGUGUUCAGUGGGUUAAUCCUAGCUGUAGCUGUCCAUGCAAAAACUCCAUUCACUUCAGCAGCCAUCCAAAAUGUUAAGGAUCAUGCAAAUACACAGCUUGGAUAAAUGAAGAAUAUUUUAAAAAUUUUAAAAAUUUUAAAAGUUCUAAAAGAGAUGAGAUGUUCUAACACAAAAAAAAAAAAAAAAAAAAAAAAAAAAAAAAAAAAAAAAAAAAAAAAAAAGCACAAGCUGUCAGGUAGUAUGUUAGUAAUGAAUAAUUGUUUUCAGUUCAGACUCUGUGAGGUUUCCUUGUUUUAAUCAGACUUAUAAACUGAACCAAACCAACCCUCUGACCUCACCACACAGAUGUUGAAGGAGACCAGCCAUUGGUUUAACUUUGGUCCUUGACAGUGUUGCUCCCCCACUGCCCAGCAUGGGGAUGCUUCUGCCAUAGCACCAAAGCAUGCCAAACUGCAAUCAGGAUGUGUGGCUGCCAGCAUUCUGCCCUUCCCACUUCCACAACAGCCUUGUUUAAAUCAGUCUUAACUCACCUGCUUUUGUGGUUGCUUCUAUGGUCUGCAGCAUCAUCAUGACUAAGAGCUUUCAAAGAAAACCCAACUCCAGACUCUCUCCAUCUGACUCUUUUCAGCUAUUGUAAAUCCAAACAGCAAAUUUAUGACCAGGUACGCAGUCUGCUCAGAGAUUGAAAGUGAAUGUGAAGUUUUUUGAAGAUAAAGUAACUCAUGUCUUCUGCAGUUUCCUUUCUAGGCAAAGGAGCGUGUUGUCAUUUAGGCAUCGUGUGUAUAAUCAGUGUAUAUACAAACUGCAGUUGUCCUGUAUGUACUAUAUAUGUAUAUUACUAUCCAAAAAAAAGCACAUUUUAAAAGAAACUGUUGAGUGCUCUGCAGAAUUAUGUCAGUCUAUGCCAGUGGGUAAAUACCUUGUUUCAAACUGAGACUAUAGUUUAGAGCAACUGUUACCACUGAAGGACAGACUUCAGGCUAAAAAGUAAUUUUUUCCCCCCUUAAUCAUCACCCAUCAAAUUAUAAAUAUUUUGCUUGUAUAGAGCCCGGGCUACCUCCAAACUGCAGUCCUUGAGCACUCACCUCUGCUGUGUAUUCAGUAGUGCCUUCAUCCCCCCUUGCUAUACAAUAUGGGUAAUGCACCAGUCUGCUGUCUGUGCCCAGCAAGCCCUGCCACCCACUCACCUGCAGUAUCUUUAUUUAUUUUCACCUACCUCUUUUCACAAUGAAUGUCUUGCAGUACUCUGAUUACUUUUUUAUUUUAUUUUUUUUUUAAUUUUUUUUUUAAUUUUUUUUUUUUUUUAAGUUGUCGCCUCUCCCUUCUUUCCAGGCUCCAAUAGUCCUCAUGGUUUAAAAAUAAAUAAUUCAAAGCAGGAUUCAGCUUUUCUGUAAGGUGGUUUAAACAGGGAGCUGUUGCUCAGGAUUCAUGUUAGGUCAGCAGUUUCAGGCAGUUCAGGUCUCUACCUCUUUCUGAUGUAAAUUAUUUGGAAUACAAUUCCCAAUGCAUUGAUUAAACCUGUGCUUAUCACUCAGACUAAGUGACAGAUUGCUGCAGAAUCCUCUUCUGCAGUGACUUUGUUGCUGAUUACCAUUGUAAAAUGUGCUUAAUGGUCUUCUAGGGGAUAAUGGUCCUUCACUGGCACUUUCAGGAUUGUAAUUUAUAUGUUCUUUCUUAAAAACUCCUUGUAUGUGUAGACAGGAACUGAGAUAUAACAUUUUGAUCUGUGAUCGCAUAGUUUACCCAGUGAGAUCCAACUGGAAGAGAGCUUUGUAUGAAAUAUAAUAACAUAUAAUAUAUGGUAUCUUUUCUGUUAGCAGUUUUUAAAAUUUGUAUUUAAAUGUUAAUUUAGUUAAACUGCUAUGCUCAAACAUGCCUUCUUUUCUCAGAUUUACACUUCUUUAUUUAAAAAGCAAAAUGAGCACAAAGCAUGGCUUAGAGAACACUGGCUCUUCUCCAGAUCUGUCUUUAUUUUUAAAUAUUGAUUAAGUUUAGCAUUUUCCCACUCUGUGCCUUUAGAUGUUUGGCUCAACCACUAUUUCUCUGAAAUAAGCAUUAAAACAGUGGAAUAUUUUAUUAUUCUGUUGUAGAAAAAGUUGUCUAUGGAUAUAAAAGCCUACUUAUAAAAUCUUACACUGAGGAGGUCUGCAAAAACAAUUUGAAGUUCUUGGGAAAGGAAAAAAAAAACCAACUCAAAACAAACAUGACCCAUGGUGAUUUUUGCAAAUAUGAUGGCUUAUAUCUCAGAAAAGGAAUAAAAU